CAUAACUGAUGGUCACUCUGCUGUUAAAUCACUGUUUUCACUUACAGGGAUCACAGCAUCACAAUGGAAGUGAGAGAAAAUACAUAUUGAAGAGAGUCGAAAGGGUUACCUAGUGUAUAGAGUGGCAGGGACAGGUAACAGUCAUGAGGCAGGUGUGAGGAUCAUCUCACGACCAGAUAAGGUUCCUGUAUGACAGAAUACACUGACCAAUCACCUUCUACCCACCAAGGACUGUAUCAGUCAAGUUUUGACCUUUGGUCAUCAUGGCAGUGCAGACAUCCAUUACAAUGACACCUGAUCGAAUACGUAACAAGGGUCCAGACUUCCUGAGACAUCAUGUCAACAGCAACAAUAACAACAACAUAUUUGCUCAUCGACGGAAGAGCGCAGUAGAGCUGUUGGAAGCUUCUAAGAGUGAAUACGUGAAGAGUCGGAGUGUCUUAAAAACAAAGCAGGAACUGAAACAUCCUGAGAAUCUCCACAUUGGAAAGCCAAAGACUAGUUGUCUGGGACGGUCCAAAUCAGAAUACUCCCUGGCCUUGGGAGACUCGGAACGGAAUGGAAACUGCAUUGUUGGAGGACCAGCAGUCACAGGGUCUACAUGUGGUGAAAGAGAAAAAACCAAGUCUCGCCCCCCUGACCUACCGCCAAAGCCUUCAAAAGGUACUAUCCCCAGUAUAACUGCACGAUUAAAUCAGGUACUCCAGUGUGAAACAAGUGACUCAUCCAAAAUCAAUACUUUGGAAAAUGGUCGACCUCGAUCCAUCAGUGCCAAUUCUGCGUCUUCAAAUUGUCUAAGUGACAAAUCUGACCAAAGUAAUAACAACUGUAUCAGGAGUAGAACAGACUCAAAAAAGAUGAAUUCAAAAUCAAAUGAUGGUGAAAUUGAGCCAAAACCAUCCCGGUCAAAGGAUCCUGAACGGCCACCAAGGUCAAGGGACUGCCUUUUACCCUCCACCUAUCAGUCCCUAAGUACAUCAGUCACAGUGCUAGUGGAAAAGCGAUGUGCUGGGUCCGCAACCACACACACUCCAACGGACACAGCUAUCUUACGAAGGAAGAAAAAAACUCUUCACAGGUCUCAGUCUGACCUUAGUUGUCGACAUUCCAGGAAUAGUUCUGAUUUUUCAGAUCUUAGUUCCAGACUUUCCCGCACAAGUACGGAACUAGAACGCUUCUUCAAUGAAAUGGGUAUAGACAAGAGUGUGUUGGAUCCAAUGAUGAAAUUACAACACAACCAUAAAAAAGAGAGUGACUAUUUUGAGAGUUUAAGUUCCUUGGAACUGGGUUCUGAGGACCGCAGUUCAUUGAGUGGAGUGUCCCAAGGUGCAAAAAGUCAAACAGACAAGGAUAAAAAGGAGGAUAUAAAGGAACGUAGCUCGUCCCAAGGAACACAAGUGGAGAAAAAUGCACGCAUAAUUAAAUGGUUGUGUAAUGUGAAGAAAGCAAGAUUUCCUCCCCCCCAGCAAGCAUCCUAACAUUAACUUCAUGUCAUAGUAUAGUUUUCAGCUUGUGAGUUUCAGAGUGAGAAAUGCAUUAACCAAGACAAGUGAAGAUUUUACUGAGCAUCAUGAACCUGCUUGACAACUGGAAAAGUUUAUUAUCUUGUGUUAUAGUGAGAAAAAUGUCAAAAUUAAGAAUAUUUUUUUAAAUGUCAUACCUAUACUUGCCAACACUCCUUCUUGGAGGAAGUCUUAUGGUUUUUGGCCCUAACUUUAGACAUGAAUCAUCUUUAAAUUACUUGUUUAUAAUUUCAAAUCUAUCCAGAUGGAGCAACUCUAACUCUAGUGAUUUAAAAAUGCAUUUUUCUGUGGCUUGAUGAUUUGAACAAAUGUUCAUAAUAGUUCUAAAAAUGUGGCAAGCAUUUGUCAGUUUGCUCGUUAAAUAAUUCAAAGAGAAAUAUGAGGAUUUUUUAAGAUGAUGAAGAUUUUUGGAAAAUGGUCAGAGCUUGAUGUGGAUGUUCCAUCAGUAAAAAAUACUAGUAAAUAUUACACUUGAUGAUAACAGGUAUGUAUUAAUCCACUUGAAACACCAGCAUUUUGUUAUUAGCGCAUUGGUUCAGUUUAAACUUCUAGGGAGGAAAAUUCAAUGAACAUUUGAUGUUACCUCUUCCCUUGCCAAAUGAACAAUGAUAUGCACUGUACAAGAACUUUCUGUCAUCUAUCACUGUACACAGAAUGGAAAUUAGACACUUGCCAAAAUACAUACUUGUAUUUACAGUCUGUAGAAAAUAUUUAUCACACUUCAAAAUGAAACGAUCCUUGAUUCUGGUUAUAAUGUCGAUUUUCUACUGGCAGUGAUAUAUUGGUUUUGUUUAAAUAUUGCACAAAGUGCUCAGAUACAUAACAUGUAAGCCACUGCAAUAUUUUUUCUUCUCUUACUACAUACACCAAUGCAGUUUUUUGCAUACAGGACCUAUAUAUACAUAUCCAUGUUUGAUUUCUUGGGGGGAGAGGAGGGGUUAAUAGUAGGGAUAAAAUUAUCUUAUCAUUACUCAGUUAUCACUGUUGUGACAUCUUUACUGUCAUGUGUUAAAAAUUGUUAAUACCAGUCAGUGAUGUGACUUCAUUGUGUAAUUUGUUUCAUUUUCCAUGUCAAUAUCCUUGUGAUUACCUUUUGUAUUGUGAUAUAUAACAGUGAAGUCAUAUUGUUGAUAUGUUAGAUUUUGGAUCAUCUUAAAGAGAAGAUUUCACAAGAUGCGAGAUUUAUGAAACUUGUUACAAUUUAUUCUUUUUAGCAAGCCUCAGGUAUGCAUGAAUAUUUUUUUUAGGCUUUCAUAACUCUCAUUAUUUAAUUGAAAGUCCUAUCUUUCUACUUAAAAGAUGUAUGUAAAGAAUGUAUAUACUAGUUUUAUUUUCACAACACCGAGACCCUAUGAUUUCAACAUGACUUUAUAUAGAUACUGGGAUUGACACUUAUAAAUCAUUUUAUUUCAACACUUUGAAAUUUUAUAUAUACUUUCCAGAUAAUUGUGAAAUCACUUCUGCAUGAACACUUCCAGAUAUGUGGGUUAGCUAUUUGUACCUCUGAUGUCUACCAAUGUUAUGGACACACAAUUUAAAAAGCUAUUGAUAAUGAAUGGCACAUUUUGUUUUGUAAACAGGAACAUUUUGCAUGUCUCAUUGUUUUAGUGGGGAUGAGUGGUCCCACAGUUAAAUGUCAUGUUAUAUGUAAGCCAAUCUCGACUAUCAUAAAUGUAGGUUAUUUACUGUAAUGAUGGAGAGUGCCUUUUAUUAACUUUCCCAUUUUCAUUUCAUAUUAUUGGUGUAGAUUUAGUUUAUGGUGGGAUCUACGAAACUACAUAAUAGUUCAAGUGUUUGAAUAUCUGUGAGUGAUGUGCGUAAUUUGAAUGUUCAUGAGCCAACAGAAGAUAAUAAGAAAGUUGAAUCAUAUCUAAAGCUGAGGAAUAGCUUCACUAGAAUCAAGUAGUUGCAAUGUACACUUUACGUACACAAAAUGUCAUUAAGGAUGCUUUGUUUAUUGUGUAAAAAUAAAUGAAUCUCUUGCACAUUUAGCACUAAAAGUGUCUAUAUCAAUAGAUUGUAUACUUCAGCUAGGCCUGUCAUAUUUACACAAGAGCGUUUAAACUAAAUUUCAUCUAAUAGGUUUGAAUUUACUUUGAAAUGAUCCGUUAUAAAUAUGAGAAACUAUUUAACUGUUACAAAUGUGUAAUUUCAGUAGUUUGUGACUAUUUUUUUAAUCUAUGAUUCAUCAAAAACUGAAGAUUCAUUUUGAACCAUAAUUCAGCGUUCGUUGUACAUUGUACAAUUCAUGUAUGUAUGAGGUCUUGCCAUACUGUAAUACAGGUCGUGGCAGAAAUUUCUGCAUGCUAAACUUGAUCAAUUGAUCAUGUUAAAAAGCAUUAUGUUAUAUUAUUGCCAUCUCAUGAACUGUAGGGGACCCUAAUUAAUUAACUGGAAAUUGGUACAUGUGUAAUCAUAUCAAUUGUGUAUAGAAAUGGAUUAUAAAAUAUGAUUGUACUAAUAUUCUAAUCUGAUGUUCAAGACCAAAGACUAUGGAAGUUUGUUUUGUAUACAAGUUUUUUUUUUUGUAAACAUUUCAAAUUAAGGUCAGUUUGUGGCAAGCAAAUGACAACUAAGAAGAUAUAAUACAAAUAAAUACAGAUCUGUAAAUUGACAUAUUUAUGCAAUAUCUAACAAUAAAGAUUAAAUCAAUA